CUAUAGGCUGAUAUCUAGCUAGCCUCAGUGGUACAGUAUUCACAAACAGUGUAAUGGCUGCGCCCAUGUGGAAAGUCGUGUGAAUUAUUUGUUGUUGUUUGUUUAAUAUUUAAGAAGCAGAAAUCAUGGGAAAGAAGCGACAAGAAACUGAGAAGGUGGCAGAGUUCUUGCCAGAUUCCUUUCCAUCGCUAGAAGAUGAACUGGACACCCGUAAGAUGGUAAAAAUUCAAAACAAAAAGAAGAAAUCUGGAGGGUUUCAAUCAAUGGGUUUGAGUCAUGCUGUCUUCAAGGGUAUCAUUCGUAAGGGAUAUAAGAUCCCAACACCCAUCCAACGCAAGAGUAUCCCAGAAAUUAUGGAAGGCAAGGAUGUCGUUGCCAUGGCAAGGACAGGAAGUGGCAAGACAGCUGCUUUCCUCAUCCCGAUGUUCGAAAAGCUGCAACAACGGUCAGCGCAAUCCGGUGCAAGAACCUUGAUUUUAUCACCCACACGAGAGUUGGCACUCCAGACCCUUAAGUUUACCAAAGAGUUAGGGCGUUUUACAGAUCUGCGUGCUGAAGUUAUUCUAGGUGGCGACAGCAUGGAGGAACAAUUUGCUGCUCUACACGAGAAUCCCGACAUCAUCAUCGCAACACCUGGCCGACUGCUGCAUAUUGUCAUGGAAAUGGAUCUGAAGUUAAAGUCAGUGCAGUAUGUCGUGUUUGAUGAGGCUGAUAGACUUACUGAUCCCGAACCAGUAUUAUUUUCUAAUUUUACUUUUUAUUUCAUUUUACAGACAUCAUUUCUCUUUAUGAGGGCAGCAGAUAAGUUGCCGGUGUUGAUGUACAUUUUGAGGGAGGUCGUCAAACCCAGUGAGCUUGCUGUUGUUUUCCUGGCAACCAAGCAUCAUGUAGAAUUUGUGAAAGAAAUCCUGAUGCAAGCUGGUGUAAGCUGUACAUACAUCUACAGCUCCCUUGACCAGACUGCACGUAAGAUUAAUGUCGCAAAAUUCACCAACAAAAAGACGAACGUGAUGCUGGUAACAGACAUAGCUGCCCGUGGUAUUGACAUCCCCAUGCUGGAUUAUGUAAUAAACUUCAACUUCCCCGCGAAACCUAAAUUAUUCAUCCAUAGAGUUGGUCGUGUUGCUCGUGCAGGACGAACUGGUACAGCUUAUUCCAUGGUCGCCCCAGAUGAAUUGGCAUACCUAGCUGAUCUCCAUCUAUUCCUUGGAAGGCCAUUGACCUUUUGCCAAGCCUCACACACAACAGACGAUGAUGGGUUGUUUGGCCGUGUUCCUCAAGGCGUCAUUGAGGAGGAGGCAGACCAUCUGCAGAGCCUGAAGGACAAAUCAAUUGAAAUUGAAGGAUUGGAGAAAGUGUGCAAGAAUGCUUAUGGCCAAUACAUCAAGUCGCGACCAGCGCCCUCAACAGCUAGUAUUAAACGCAUGAAGGAGUUUGAUACAGUGAACGUCAUGCUGCACCCAAUGUUUGAUGUAAAAGAUGUGGAUGAAACAACAAGAUACAAACUUGUGGAUGGCAUCAAGAACUAUCGACCAAACACAACAAUAUUUGAAACAAACACAACAGCAAAGAGUUCAGCGUUUGAUGUUAUGAAAACAAAACGUAAAAUGCACCAAAAGUUGGUGACAAAGAAGAGGAAUCAGGUGAAAAGCAAAGAACCAAUAAAAUCCGAAGAAAUUGAAAGAGGAACAAAACGGAAAGCAGACAGUGAUGGUGUUGAAAGUGCAAUGGAAACAUUCUCAGUUAUUAUUGAUGGCAGUAGAGGGCGCAAGUCAGCAAAACUUGGCAAAGAAAGUGAUUAUUAUGUAUCGUACACACCUGCUGACAAAGAGACCGAGCAAGGACUGAGUGUUGGUUCGUUGUUUAGUCAGCAAGCACAGUCCGCUAUACUCGACUUCACGCAGGAUGAUAGCAGUACUAUGCACAGAAACCAAAAGCUGGUCCGAUGGGACAGAAAAAAGAAGAAAUACAUAAAUGAAGCUGGUAAAGAAUCACAGAAAAAAAUAAAAACAGAAAGUGGAAGGUACAUCUCUGCAUCAUACAAAACUAACAGAUACAAAGACUGGCGAGAAAAGAGCAAGGUUGGUGCCAGGACAGAUGCAGGUGAAAGUGAUGAUGAUGAUGAUGACAAUUCAGGGAGACAAAGGAAAAAAGAAAAACUUGGCAUAUCAUCAACAUUAGGAAAUCGAUAUCGCGGUCACCAUAAACUCAAACAACAAAAAGGAAAAGCACAUAAUGAAUUAUUAACCAAUGAAAAAAUCUUGAAGAUCCGGAAAAAAAAAGAAAGGGACCAAGAAAGGAGUAAACCAAGGAGAGACAGAGAAGGCGAUGGAGGAAGGAGGGGUUCAAAAGGAGGCCCAAGUUUUGGUAGAAGAGGAGGUGGUAGUUUUGGACGUGGUGGAGGACGAGGUGGGGGAAGAGGUGGAGGUGGAGGAAGAAGUGGAGGUGGAGGAAGAGGGGGAGGACGGGGUGGUGGGAGAGGACGAGGUGGUAAAUCCAAAAGGAGAUAAAUGCAAUCAGCUUAUCUUUAUCAAGUUUUAUAUAACCAUGAUGUGACAAAUACCUGUGGCUUAACCAUAUAUAUAUAUGGCGCUUGCCAUGCCGAAACCAGCAUCAGUGACUAAAACACGAAAAUUGAUGUUUUUUAAUAUACAGUUGAACUUGCCGAAGUUGAAUCCAAAAUGCCAUUGAAAUAUUGUUCGACUUUGAUAAAGUUCGACUUAGAUAAAAUUCGACUUACAGAUUGUUAAUUAAUGGAAACACAGUAAUUUGGCAUGUAAAGUAAGAACGAAAUUAUUCGACUUAGAAAUUAUUCGACUUAGAAAUUCUUCAACUUAGGAACAGUCAACUUAGGCAAGUUUAACUGUAUUCAUAUUCUCCAUAUUAUAAGCUUUAAAAUGAUAGGUCAUUUACUGCCACAUUCUUAUGCUAAUUACUCUGUUUAACAUUUAGUGACAGUACGCUGGUUUUGGAAUGGCAAGCCUCAUAUAGGCAAAUCAGAUAUUUGAUAGUAUGCUGACAGCUUUAACUUAUAAAAUUAUAAUUUUGAAAUAAACACAAGAAAUUAAUUGAAA